AGGCAAGAUUUGCGGAGGCCCAGGAUUGGGGAGUUGUGGGAGGUCAGAUACACAAAGCACUCAUUGGAUAUCAUAAUAAUAGAAAUAGUAUCUGGCGUCAAACAUUUAAAGCAAAUAGGACGCGAAAAGUUCAACGAUUAUCAAUUCUCAUUCACGCUGAGUCCUUCACGAUAGUCUGUAUUCAGAAUACUCUUAAAUAAAUUGGGUUCACGGUUGGAAAUUUUAUAGAACAAAUGAAAUGGAAAGGUUACAAAUGAACAAGCAAAGAAGACAAGAAGGUCUGCGUUUCCAAAAUAAAAAGGCAUCUCAUUAUUCCACAGCAAUCCUGCAACACAACUGUCAACGUCUACUGCAGAUUCAGAGUCUCCGAACUGUCCUAGCAACAUGUCUGUCCUUUCAUCGUUAUCACUGCCAAACAGUGACAUACUAUUGGCUGUGCUGUUGGUUGUUGUUCUGGUAGCAGCGAUACAUCUGUUCAUCCUGAAAAGAACAAGCAUUUGUAAGCUACCUCCUGGACCAACACCUCUUCCUCUGAUUGGAAAUAUGCACACUUUGGAUCUCAAACGGCUUGACAAACACCUUAUGAAGUUAGCAGAUGUCUAUGGGACAGUGUACACCAUCUACCUGGGUAACCGAAGAACAGUGGUGCUUAUAGGAUACGACGCAGUGAAGGAUGCCCUGGUCAAUCAUGCUGAGCAGUUUGCAGAGCGAUCACAUCUAACUGUGUUUGAAACUACUGCCAAAGGAAAUGGUAUCAUUUUUGGCCAUGGUGAAUCCUGGAAACAGAUGAGAAGAUUUACACUGUCAACACUACGAGAUUUUGGAAUGGGAAAAAACACUACUGAAGAUCGAAUUAUUGAAGAAACUGGACAUCUAAUUAAAGUUUUUGAAUCUUAUCAAGGGCAGCCAUUUGAUGCAACUUUCAUAUUGAACAGUGCAGCCUCAAAUAUUCUCUGCUCCAUGGUAUUAGGCAAUAGGUUUGAUUACAAAGAUUCCACGUUCCUUACUCUGAUAAGAAUCGUACAUGAGAAUGCAAAGUUUGGUGCAAGUCCAAAAACACAGCUCUAUAAUAUAUUUCCAUUUUUGGGAUUCCUCCUGUCUGAUCACAAGAAAGUUAUAGAGAACAUUAAGGAAUUCCAUGUUAUUCUGAAGAACGUUUACAACGAGUACAGGUCAAAAGUCUGCAAGGACAAUGUGCGGAGCUACAUUGAAGCUUUUAUUAUUAAACAACAAGAGGAGGAUUUAAAGAACACCAAUCUGUAUUUCCAUGAAGGCAACUACCUAAGUUUAAUGACAAAUCUGUUUUCAGCUGGUACAGAAACCACAAGCACAACUCUUCUCUGGGGACUCCUCCUAAUGAUGAAAUUUCCUCAUAUUCAAAAAAAAGUUCAUGAAGAAAUUGAUGCAGUUAUAGGAAAGCAAAGAAACCCAAGAAUGGAUGAUCGGAAAAAUAUGCCAUACACAGAUGCAGUUGUCCAUGAAAUACAAAGGGUUGCAAAUGUUUUCCCUCUAAAUCUCUUACACGAGACUACUAUGGAUACCCAUUUCAGAGGAUAUUUUAUUCCAAAGGGAACCCAGGUCAUUCCAGUGUUAACAUCAGUGCUUUUUGAUAGCACGCAGUGGGAAACCCCAGAGGAGUUUAAUCCAUCUCAUUUCCUGGAUAGUAAUGGAAAGUUUUUAAAGAAAGAUGCCUUUCUGCCUUUCUCAGCUGGCAGAAGAAUUUGCCCUGGAGAAAGUAUUGCCAAAAUGGAACUGUUCCUAUUCUUUACCACCUUGUUUCAGACAUUCUGCUUCUGUCCUCCCCCGGGUAUCUCAGCAUCAGAUCUUGAUCUAACCCCUGUCAUCGGUUUAACAUCUUCACCAAAGCAUUUCAAAGUGUGUGCCCUAAAACGUGGAACCUGAUCUUGUGGCACCUUAAACACAUGCAGUAAACUGUAAUUGUUUAGUUGUAUGAAAGAGUUUAAUAGCAGUAUGGCUUUGUUUCACUACACAUUUAUUUGUACUCCUGCUUUUAAUGUCUAUCGAUAAAUGUGAUUUACUAACAGUAA